UGGCUGGAGUUCAGCUUUUUAUUCACGAGAGAAGACUCUGGCAAUGAAGCAUGAUACCUUGUUCCUCUCCGACUGUCUCGAGGCACAUACAUCAAGGAGGUGCUCUUUCGCCUGGGAAAACAAAUUCCACUCUGGAGGAGAUCUGCCUUAAAUCUUGAGAUAUGUCUAGGCAAAUGUCCAAGCUCCUGCCAAUUGUGCUACUGGAAACCCAGCUUCAUAGAUUGCAGCUUUAUUCACAGUCAAAGUUCUUCAGCCACAUUACACUGCGGAGUAUGGGAGUGAUGUGAUUAUGGGGUGUCGCUUUCCAGUCCAUCCCCCAUUAAAUUUGAUGGGACUAAGUGUCUCGUGGCAAAGAAAGCUGUCCCUGGGGGACAAAGAAGUCUACAAGCUCAACAAUGGCCAAGAAGACCUCACCCAUCAGGAUUCCGAUUAUCACGGGAGAGCGUCAUUGUCGCGUGAGGAGUUAGACAAAGGACUUUCUUUGUUGUCUAUCACCAACGUAAAGCCCACAGAUGGAGGAGUUUACAUCUGUGUUGUUAAAUACGAGGGAGCAGACUACAAGUACAUUACUUUGGAAGUUGAAGCACCCUACAAAAGAAUCAAUCUACAGGAAAGAAGAGAGGAAGAAGACAUGAUCUUAACUUGCCAAUCAGAAGGGUACCCUCUGGCUGAGGUUUCUUGGCACUAUGAGAGGAAUCUGAACGCCAGCAUACACGCAAACACUACAUAUGAACUGACAAGGGAUGGACUUUUCAACAUAACCAGCAUCCUGAGAGUCAGACCAAGCUCUCCUGGAAACUACAGCUGUGCAUUCUGGAACCAGGAACUGAAUCAGGAGACAUCAGCCCACAAAUUAGUGGUUUUUCCAGAUAAAAUAUCUCCAGCACAUAACGUGGGGAAAUCUCCCAUCUCAUUCAUCCUACCAAUUUGUCUGCUGGCAUUAUUUUACUAAUAGCAAUUGCCAUUAAAGUCCAAAGGAGUAAGUCAAGCACAAAUCUGGUACCCGAAAAGG